CCCGUCUGAGGCUGCUGCUGCUUGAUGGCUCCGGAAAUCUCUUGAAGGGGAAUCCAAGCAAGAUAAACGGUGCGACAGAUCGUUCCAUCUCAGAAUGCCUGAGCACUGUGCAGCAGCAGCAAGCUGGAGCUGAGCGACAGGGGGACGCGUUGCACAGCGCUCAGCAAGGGGAAAGUGACAACGUUUCGGCACCGAGCGGGACAGACGGGAGCACUCAGCGGCUUGAUCGCACUAGUGAAGGGGAAGAGGCGCAGCGGAGUGUGCGGGAUGGAGAGGGCGCUGAACCUGGCAGAAGAGGACUUGUUCCACAAGAGCCUGAGCGCCUCGGCUAAGAGGAUGGAGUCUGCCUUCCGACCCCCUCAGGGGCUAGAUCUGUCCCAGCCAGGAGACCGCUCACCGCUGCACUGCUACGAUGGACCCGACCCAUCCGACCUGCUGCGGCACCACCAGCACCACCACCAGGCAUCCUCCGGGGCAUUGGGCGCAGCUGGAGCUAACGAGGCUUUGGCUCUGGCCGCGGCCAACAUGUGCGCCAAAUUCGGGGAGAGCGCUGGCAGGGUGUCGGUGGCAGAGAGCAGCGGGGGAGAGGAGCAAAGCCCGGACGAUGACAGCGAUGGGCGCUGCGAGUUGGUGCUCAGAUCGGCCGAGCACAGAGCCCAGGCCGGCUUAAAGGUGGAUGCUCCGUGCGCUACCGGAGGGGGCAAGAAGUCCAAGGAACAGAGGACGCUCCGGCUGAACAUCAAUGCCCGGGAGAGGAGGCGAAUGCACGAUCUGAACGAUGCCCUGGACGAGCUAAGGGCGGUCAUCCCGUACGCACACAGCCCGUCGGUCCGCAAGCUCUCCAAGAUAGCCACCCUGCUGCUGGCCAAGAACUACAUCCUCAUGCAAGCCCAGGCGCUGGAGGAGAUGCGGCGGCUAGUGGCUUAUCUGAACCAAGGCCAGGCCAUCUCCGCCGCCUCCAUACCCAACCCUGCCGCUGCCGCCGCCGCCGCCGCUGCUGUUGCCCUACACCCGGCACUGGGAGCCUAUGAGCCGGCGGCUGCGGUGGGAUAUCCAUUCAGUACCGGGCUGCCCACCGCCACCUCCUGCCCGGAUAAGUGCGCCCUGUUUAACAACAUCUCCUCCAGCCUGUGCAAGCAGUGCACCGACAAGCCUUGACCGGGGAGCCCUGGGACACUCUGGGUGGAACUAACCGGUACCUUGCACUUGGCCUCUUAGGGAUACCCCUCUCUCUAUAGAGAUGCCCAGCCUGCCAUCCCCAGCCUGGAUACCCCCAAAGUGCUGAGAUUUCUAGUUCCACAACAGCUGGUGGACUGCAGGUUGGACACCAUUAUAUGCUGUGGGGGGGUAAAGGCUUAAAAACUUUUGGGUACUAGAGAAACUCUGAGUGGAAGUAGCCGGUACCUUAUGCUUUUCCUGUGCAGCACUCCAGCACCCAUACAGCACCCAUACAGCACCCAUGUUCCACUUGCCUCCCUACAGCUAUUCAACUACAAUUCCCAGCAUCCUCUAGGCAGCUGGGAAUUGUUGUUCAAAAGCCGAGGAAUUGGACAUUUAUGCGAGGGAUAAGCAAUCAUUUUUUUAUAUACACAUUCUCAUUUUUUCCUAUUAUGGUUUAUUUUUUUAACCUUAAUUGCAUAUCCCCCCCCCCCCCCCCAUUCUGAAUUCGUUAGAACAAGGGACCCUACACAUAGAAAACACCUGCAAAUAUCAUUUCACAUUUUUAUUUUUGGAAUAAGACAAGAGACGAUUUACCUCCCCUAGAUGGAAUGGAUUUAUUAUCUAUGUCGCUCUAUGAAUUUUGUGCUAAUAACUGAAGUAUUCUGACAAAUCAGAAAAUGGGCACUUGAAUUUAAUAAUGAUUCUGAGCCAGGAAAACACUUGAAAUAUAGACUUUGUUUAAUUACUAAAAAAAUAGACUAAGAUUGCAAGAAUAUGAAUCAUUUGUAUUUUUUAUCGUGUCUGAACUUUGUACGACAUUGCUCAAAGUUUUGGUGAGGGUGCAAAUGGCUUGCAAAACCCCAGUGACUAAAUGCUCGUAUGAGUGAAACUCAUUUUCUAACGAAAUUAUUUGUGUGCACCUUGAAUUCUCCAUCCUGAAUGUUGUGAGAGAACAACUGGUACAUUUCUAUGUUACACUUUAAUACUUGUCCCAAUACGAGACUAUUUAUCAUGUGUUUUAGGUGAAAGGAUGUAAGAUGAAUAAUUAUUAUUAUUGACUUUGUUUGGAGAUAAUCUCUGCUGGAUUAAUUUAUAUACCUUGUGCCAAGUGUUUAAAAAAAGCGUUAAUAGACAAUAACUUAUAUGAGAUGGAGGAAUGAGGCAAGGGCUGCUUGCUGGUUUGAAAGGUCAAUUUGAUUUGAAAUUGCUUCAUCACUGUAUUUAAACUGAGCUUUAAUAAAUUGCUUCAGUCCAAAAUAA